GGGCCUCCGGCGCGGCGGCUGCGGCCUCGUCCCCGCGACGCGAGCGCUCGCCUCGCCUCGCCCGCACCAGACUCCUCCCGCCCGUCCCGGGCCGAGCGCCGGCGCCAUGUCAGCCUACGCCCGGAGCUGCAACCCUUUCGACGAGGACGCGGAGGGCGAGGACGCCCGGCCGGCGCCGUGGUCGAACAGCCGCGACCUCGCGGACGGGCCCGGCGCGCCCGCCGACCGGCAGCAGGCCCUGCGGCAGGAGGUGCUGCGCCGCGCGGAGGCCACGGCAGCCAGCACCGGCAGGUCGCUGUCGCUCCUGUACGAGUCCGAGAGGGUCGGGGUCGCCUCCGCCGAGGAGCUCGUGCGCCAGCGAGGGGCCUUGGAGCGCACGGAGAAGAUGGUGGACAAGAUGGAGCAGGACCUGAAGACCAGCCAGAAGCACAUCAGCUCCAUCAAGAGUGUGUUCGGGGGGCUCGUCAAUUACUUCAGGUCCAAACCCGCUGAGACCCCGCCUGCGCAGAACGGCACGCUCACCCCCCAGCCCAGUGGCAGGUUGAAGGAGGCCAUCAGCUCCAGUAAAGAGCAGGAGGCAGGGUACCAGGCCAGCCACCCGAACCUCCGGAAGCUCCGGGACUCAGACUCCGUCCCUGGAGGGGCCAGUUCAGCUGUGAGCUCCGAGGCCUACCCGCAGAACCCGCACCUUCGCGCCUGUCACCAGAGGAUCGACAGCAACCUCGAUGAGCUGUCCGUGGGCCUGGGCCGGCUGAAGGACAUCGCGCUGGGGAUACAGACAGAGAUUGACGAGCAGGACGACAUCCUCGACCGCCUCACAACCAAGGUGGACAAGCUAGACGCCAGCAUCACCAGCACCGAGAGGAAGGUGCGGCAGCUCUGAGGCGGAGGCGGACUCCGGCCCACCUCGGCGAAGAGGCUUCAAAGGGCUUCUUUUAAACUCUGAGAACCUUCACUUACUACUUCAAAAUGUGGUUUAACAUGUGUUUCCAGAUGUAACAGAGUGGGUCUCGCGAGAUUUUGUUUAGAGGACGCGGGCCCCCCUCCCCUCAGGACCCUGACCGGACAGCUGUGGGCCGGGCGGCAGUCAGGCCGGCCAGCGUCUCCAUGUGCCGUGUGGCCCCCAGGCCGCCCGCAGCAGAGCGCCGAGGGCCGCGAAACCCCAGUUUGCAGCGCUCCCCCCGCCAUGAGCCCAUCGUGAUCCUCUGAGCCCCAGGAGAGGCCAGCAGCAGGUUCUGAGUGGAGGGGGUGGGCGUCCUCGCUGUUGCGUGGACAGACACCACCUCCUCCCCUCCCGGCCCCUGAACUCAGCAGGCAUUUGAUUGCAGGAGGAGAAGGGGCUUCAGACCUGUCCUGCUCACUGUGACGCCUGGAAACACCCUGGGAGCAGGCGAGCCUGGGCUCAGGAACAGGUGCGACCCUGGCCCCAGGCUGCGUGGCCGGCCGGGUCCCGGAGCGCACACGGGCGUGCCUCACAGAGGUGCUCUGCCGAGCUCCGCCCUCGGGUCACCCGGACCGGGCCCCCACGCAGCAGCGCUCACUCGGUGCCGGGGGUCCCCGGCCCGUCCAGGGUGCCCACCCUCUCCCCGCGCUGCCGGCCACACGCCUUGACUCAUCUCUUGGCUGUCUGCCCCCCAGUUUUAGGACUGGAAUCUGCCCGUGGCAGACCAUGCCUGGAAGCAUUUGGCUUUUUAAAAGCCCAGAGGUUAUUCUAACCACCCUAGCGUGUUCUCGCUUCUCAUUUUAUUAAAGAAGAAUCAUUUAAAAGCACUAAUUAAAAUUGAUUUCUGAACUUAAAUGAUUUUCUGUUGGUACCUACAACAAAAUAAUUGAAGGCAGAAGGUCUCUUUAAACACAGGUUGCUUAACAUGCUUUGAAGACAGUGAAAGGGACUGAUUUUGAUGAGACAGUACAGGUCAGAAGCUUUAAAAUCACCAUGCUGUUCACCGUGAGACCUGGCCUGACACGGCGACCUCACCGCUCAGGCUCAGUUGCAGGCAAAGCCCCUUAAAGCACAGGACAGACCUGGAGGUCUGCAGUGAGGCCUCAGCACUGAUGGCAGCAGUUCCGACACAAAACUCCCACCCCUGACACUCGACCUUCCGGAAAACACCACUUCUGCAGGGACCACCUCUGCGGGCAGACACAGCUUUAUGUCACGCUGCAGCCGCCUCGUGAGGCUGACCCGUGUCACUGUAUCCCUGGGAACGUCCAGGGCGCGGUGGAAGGUGACCCGAUCCACAUCCGCCCUCCAGAUGUCGUGCUCAUUCUCCUGGUAGCUGGAAAAGGAAAAAUGUUAAACGUCCGCUCAGCCUGCACUGAACCCGUUCAGGGCUCGGAAGCGUGACUGCAGCACCCGGUGGCAGCCCUGGGUUUUCCUCCCUGACGCCUUCCCCCACCAGGAUUGGGGCAACCUCCCGCUCAUCGCUCUCAGGUGUGGGCCCUUGGAGGUGAGUCAGCGCACCUUGACCCAAGCUUCUGCGAUGGGUCAGUAAACACGCAAAGGCCACUGCCGAACACUUAGCCUGCCUCGCAUCACGGGGUUCGUGACUGCACUGACUCAAAGCAACGUAGCACCUGACUGUGUGAGGCUGCUCUCCUCCCAGCCCUGGCCUCUUACCCCAAGCUGUGGAGGGAAGGUUGGCCUCACUCUUCUGGAAGUGUCCGCCCCCACACACACACACAGGGUCCAUGUGUUUGGUUCUGCUCGUGUUCGAGUUGCUUGUUCUAAGGCCUGAGCCUCGCGCUGGGCGGGCAGCUACUCCCACGCCCACCAAGGGCCAGCCGGCAGAGCCGCUCACACUCCUGGAGGGCAAAGGAGGACCUGAGGGGUCUCCGGAAUCCAUAGGUGUCGGGACACGCAGUGACUGAGAAGUCACGUCUGCCCUCUGGACGCACGUGUCAGGAGACCCAGGGCUGCUGGGCCAGGGCCGGGGCCGUGGCCUUGCCACGAGGGGUCCGAAAGACAGACCUGGAUUUCCACGGUCCAUUUGGAAACACACCGUGCCUUCCGAAGAGCAGCUUUCCUGACUCAAGGCUGGCUCCACGUCACACGCGCUCCAGACUUAGAGGCAAGAGUCCCUCCCAGGGCGGCGUUCUGAUCCUGGGUGGGCUGUAGUGGCCUCUGGGCGUCUCUUCUGCGUCCUGUGGCCCAGGAGACCCGCACUUAGCGUGGACAGCAAGAGGGGAAGCCUGCCUUCAUCUCACCACCUCUAAGUUCUCUUUGUGAAUAACGUGAUUCUAAGCGUACACUACACCAGUUUAGUAGAAAUCUUACAGUUUGCCUCCGGGAGCCUUUGCAGAAUUGUUGACGUUACCGGUGCUUAACGCAUUUCCCGCUCUGAGGAGUGAAAUGUCUCGAGCACAAAUGACGAGCGAGCCAUUCAAAGCACACCCGAGUGGGACUCCUGCUCAGAGUCAGUGGCAGAGCAGCUCCCGUGCUUCAUGCCUUCAACGCAACGAACGACCA